UCUGGAAAACAACAGCUUCAUCCAGAACAUCACUCGGGAACUGGGUAGUUAGUCUCGGCUACAGGCUUUGGUCCUAACAAACAACUCGUUCAGUGGUGAAAUCCCUGCCAUCAUUUCUCGUUGAUCAAAUCUCUUUAGCCUUGAAUUAGAUGGCAACAAAAGAUAACUCUUUCAAGCAACCGAUGGAUUCUCCUCGUCCAAUUUAAUUGGUGCAGGUAGUUUGGGGUCCUUGUACAAAGGAAUUCUUGCAUCAGAUGGAGCAGCUGUGGCAGUGAAAGUAUUCAACUUACUACGUAAAGGAGCUUCCAAAAGCUUUUAUGACAGAAUGUGCAGCCUUGAUAAACAUCAAGCACCGAAAUCUCGUCAGAGUUGCAAGUGUACGUGCUGGUGUUGAUUUUGAAGGUCAUGAUUUUAAAGCCCUUGUUUAUGAGUUUAUGGUCAACGGGAGUCUAGAAGAGUGGUUGCAUCCAGUUCAGAUUUCAGACGAGGCACACGAGGCAAGAAACUCGAACCUUAUUCAGAGGUUAAACAUUUCAGUUGAUGUGGCUGCUGCGCUCGACUAUUUGCAUCAUGAUUGCCAAGUGCCUGUUGUUCACUGUGAUCUCAAGCCAAGCAAUGUUCUUCUGGAUGCUGAUAUGACUGCUGGUGUUGGUGAUUUUGGAUUAGCGAGGUUCAGUCCAAAAGUUUCACUUCAGUCAUCUUCAAUUCAGAGUUGCUCUGUUGGUAUAGAAGGAACCAUUGGCUACGCAGCGCCAGAGUAUGGCAUCGAGUGCGCGGUGCCAGCAUACGGGGAUGUGUACAGCUUCGGUAUCCUGUUGUUGGAGAUGUUCACAGGAAAGAAACCAGUAGAUGGCUUGUUUAGUGACGAGCUGAACCUUCACAAUUAUGCUAAAAUGCCAUUGCCUGACCGUGUACUUGAUGUUGUGGAACCCUUACUUCCGAGAGAAGUUGAGUGGACAAGUACCGAUGCCUCUUGCAGAAAGAAUGGUACUGGAGCUCACAAGAUCUUGCAAUGUCUGACUUCAAUAAUCAAGAUAGGACUUACUGAAGAAUUUGAAGAUGGGCUUUGGAUCUCAGGGUAUCUGUUUGUUGAAGAAUUUAAGGAUGGGCUUUGUUAGAUUUAAUGGGUAUUGG